AUGUUAGAAAUUCAUGCCAAUAUACGUAUUUGUAAAAGAUUUAAUCACCUACAUUAUGAAAACUCUCAAUUGUCUGAUCGAUAUUAUGUAUAUAGAAUCUUGUACGGAACUACUACUACUACUACUACUACUACUACUACUACUACUACUACUACUACUACUACUACUACUACUACUACUACUACUACUACUACUACUACUACUACUACUACUACUACUACUACUACUACUACUACUACUACUACUACUACUACUACUACUACUACUACUACUACUACUACUACUACUACUACUACUACUACUACUACUACUACUACUACUACUACUACUACUACUACUACUACUACUACUACUACUACUACUACUACUACUACUACUACUACUACUACUACUACUACUACUACUACUACUACUACUACUACUACUACUACUACUACUACUACUACUACUACUACUACUACUACUACUACUACUACUACUACUACUACUACUACUACUACUACUACUACUACUACUACUACUACUACUACUACUACUACUACUACUACUACUACUACUACUACUACUACUACUACUACUACUACUACUACUACUACUACUACUACUACUACUACUACUACUACUACUACUACUACUACUACUACUACUACUACUACUACUACUACUACUACUACUACUACUACUACUACUACUACUACUACUACUACUACUACUACUACUACUACUACUACUACUACUACUACUACUACUACUACUACUACUACUACUACUACUACUACUACUACUACUACUACUACUACUACUACUACUACUACUACUACUACUACUACUACUACUACUACUACUACUACUACUACUACUACUACUACUACUACUACUACUACUACUACUACUACUACUACUACUACUACUACUACUACUACUACUACUACUACUACUACUACUACUACUACUACUACUACUACUACUACUACUACUACUACUACUACUACUACUACUACUACUACUACUACUACUACUACUACUACUACUACUACUACUACUACUACUACUACUACUACUACUACUACUACUACUACUACUACUACUACUACUACUACUACUACUACUACUACUACUACUACUACUACUACUACUACUACUACUACUACUACUACUACUACUACUACUACUACUACUACUACUACUACUACUACUACUACUACUACUACUACUACUACUACUACUACUACUACUACUACUACUACUACUACUACUACUACUACUACUACUACUACUACUACUACUACUACUACUACUACUACUACUACUACUACUACUACUACUACUACUACUACUACUACUACUACUACUACUACUACUACUACUACUACUACUACUACUACUACUACUACUACUACUACUACUACUACUACUACUACUACUACUACUACUACUACUACUACUACUACUACUACUACUACUACUACUACUACUACUACUACUACUACUACUACUACUACUACUACUACUACUACUACUACUACUACUACUACUACUACUACUACUACUACUACUACUACUACUACUACUACUACUACUACUACUACUACUACUACUACUACUACUACUACUACUACUACUACUACUACUACUACUACUACUACUACUACUACUACUACUACUACUACUACUACUACUACUACUACUACUACUACUACUACUACUACUACUACUACUACUACUACUACUACUACUACUACUACUACUACUACUACUACUACUACUACUACUACUACUACUACUACUACUACUACUACUACUACUACUACUACUACUACUACUACUACUACUACUACUACUACUACUACUACUACUACUACUACUACUACUACUACUACUACUACUACUACUACUACUACUACUACUACUACUACUACUACUACUACUACAAUAGUGAUCGCUACUAGAAUUUAA